GGGGCAUCUGUCAAAGAGGGACGUGACCUCGUCCACGCUGCCGUCUAGAAUAGCUUUCAGGAAUUUUGGUGACUUUUCUUCUUUGGGAAAACCUUUUUGUACUUUUAAAUGGGUUCACGGCGAACACGUUCCCAUUCGGCCAAUGGAAGAUCAGGCCAUGGGAAUGGGAUUUCUGGGAAUAGUCGGCCUGGAGGCUGCAGCUACAUCUCCAACGUCAGGCCAGAGAACAGGAGCACACUAUGCAGCAUGAUAGCUCAACUGACACAAGAAACCCAGCCUGCCUUCAUGACCACUCUCAAGUCCAAAGCUGUGUCAGAGAGUUCCAAUGUCAAGUUCUUCUGCGUGGUGACUGGUUAUCCUAUCCCUCAGCUUACUUGGUAUAAGGAUGAUAAACAGUUGGACAGACUGUGUGGUCUUCCUAAAUAUGAAAUAUUUCGCAACGGGCAGAACCAUUCCCUGCAUAUUUACAAUUGUACUGUGGAGGACGCCGCCAUCUACCAGGCAUCAGCCAGUAACAGCAAAGGUAUUGUGUCAUGCUCCGGGGUACUGGAGGUAGGCGGAAUGAACGAGUUCAAGAUCCACCAACGCUACUUUGCAAAGCUCAAGCAAAGAACGGAGGGCCGAAGCGGGAAGGAGAACCAGAAGCCGCUUCGGAGCAUCAGCCCGGAACGCACACAGAGGAAGCGGCGUUCCACCGUAGAGGUCUUCUCCAGCGUGCCCAGCUCCAAAGAAGAUGAGGUUCCCAAGGAGUUUAUUCAAUCAGUUGGUGAGGAUUCAAAAGUCAGGGUGGAGGAACCUAUAGAGGAACCAAUGGAGGAGACACUUGCACCCUUAGCUAAGUCUGAAACUGAUAAUGAGAUUGGCAUUGCCAAGACUGCCUUUGUCAAGAAGAAGAUCAAGAUUUUCCCAAGGGGUGAGAGGACGCCUGAGGAAACAAAAGAGUCUGAGAAUGUCAAAAAGAUAGGACCAUUUGGAAAAUUGUUAAGGAAAAAAAGUUCUGAGGCGCUUCGUUCACCAGAAAGUGCAAAGAAAAACAAAGAAAGUGACCAAAAAUGUGAUGAGAAAGUGCUGGAAAAGAAUCCUGUCAUACCCUCCAGACUAAUAAGUACACCAGAACACCAACAGGACUCAGAACCAGUCAUUCAGCAUUUGACUGACCCAAGACCAGUGGACAGAAUCCUCCAGAAGAAGUCAGCUUUACCUGAGCAGCCCUCAGAUCAGCUGCCUCAAAAGGAAACAAAAGCGAGACAAAGGAAUUCGUCCAUGCAGAGUGAGGUUACACAUGCCCCGACAUGGAUGAGUGGGAAUGAUGCACCUGUCAGCCCAGAGCCUCCACCUGAUCGCCGUUUGGCAGCAACGAACACACAACAGCAGUGGAAAACUGCAUCAAAAGGAGCAGCGUCAAAAGAAGAUGUCAAGCCACAUUUUGGCUCCCCUAUUGUUACAGUUCCACAACACAAAAAGCUUCAAUCCAAGGGAUCGAGUGAAGGCCACGCGAUCCCACAAAGGUCAAAAGUUUUUUCAUCUGUGGACAAGAAAAGCCAAGCUUGUUUAGACAUGAAAUCUGUUGGAGGGUUAAUAGCACAAGGUAAUAAAAAGCUAGAUGGUAAAGAAGUUAAAAAGCAAUUGGUGGCAAAUGAAAAAAUUGAUAAACUAGUGACAGCAGUCACUGUUGCACCAAAGAUACAAAAACCGGAACAAAGCAGAGAUGAAGUAGCUCAAGUCACUAGUAACAAUGUUGUGUCUUCUAAAGACAAGCAAGUGAAGGAUGAAGCUGCUGGUCAACAUUCCCAAAAAACUUUAAUCCCAAAUGAGCAGCAGUCCAGAGAAUUCCAAGAAACCCCCAAACCGGUGGCCAGAGUCGUAUCUGUUGCAGAAAUGAUGAGAGCCCAAAUAAGCACUCUUGACUCAAACGACUUCCCUGCAGACUUGCUAGACAAUCCAGCUACUGCACAUAAACCUCAAAACCUUCUAAAUGAUAAAGGUCAAUGUACACCACAAGGGAAGAAGGCAUCUGACAACAUACCGAGGAACAGUGUCAAUAGAAGCUCUCCAAAUGAAAAUCGGGUACAGCAAAGCCAUCCUGGAAAUAAUAAGAUUUUUCAAAAGGAUCCCAGUACUUAUCCGUCAUCUUUCAUUGAUUCCCUCAGAGAUACUGCAUCUGUUCCCCAUGUAAAUGCUUCAAAUAACUUGGAUACCGAUCCUGUGAAUCCUAAGAAUAAAGCAACUCAAGGGAGGAAGUCAGAACCUGAAAUCAUUCCAGAGAACACCGUUGCUCAAACUUCUCCAGAGGCAAAUAUUUUAGACAAAAUUAAUAUCAGAAAGAAUAGGACUUGUGAAGAAUAUUCUAUUCUUAGUCCUUCAUCUGUCGUUGAGCCCCUAAAAAUAGAAUGCAAUCGAGAUGUUGUGGACAUUCCCAUUGCAGGUCCUGUUAAUAACCCUUCUGUUGCAGUGAAUCCUAAAGAGGAAGAAACCCGAACCAGUAAAUCAUUAUCUGAUUGCUUACCUAAGAAUCCUGUUGAUCAAACUUCUCCAAUGGAACGUCUUGCAAAGAAAAGCAAUCUGGGAAAGAGUAGUACUUUUCAAAAAGAUCCUAGUCUCUAUCCUUCAACUGAUCCCGUUAGCAUAGUAGAUUAUAAACAAGAUUUUGCAGAUAUACCCCAUGUAGGUUCUUCAAAAACCUACCUUUCUGUUGCUGUGAAUCCUAAAGAGGAUGAAACCCAAACCAGUAAAUCAGUAUCUGAUUGCUUACCUAAGAAUCUUGUUGCUCAAAUGUCUCCAUUUGAACAUCUUGCAAAGAAAAGUAAUCUGGGAAAGAGUCAUACUUUUCAUAAAGAUCCCAUUCCCAGUCCCUCAUCUGCUCCUGGUAGCAAAGUCGAAUAUAAUCAAGAUUUUGUAGCUAAACCCCCUGCGGGUUCUUCAAAAACCUACCUUUCUUCUGCUAGGAAUCCAAAGGAGGAAGAAACUCAAAGAACUGCAUCUAAGACAAAAAGUGAUCAGAUAGGAGUUUUGGGUUAUAUGGAAAAGUUUAUACCCAAUAUUAAAGUUCACACUGAAACUCAACAGGAAAGUACUGGAAACACUAACAAAACACUUAUUAUAGAACACAAUCCAAAAGGUUGUUCAUUGGUGAUGCCAAGUCCACAAUUCAUUGAUACAGAUACCCAAGAAAACAGCCUUAAUAUCCAAGGGCGGACAAUGAUUGAAUGCAAUCCAGAUAACAAUAUUCUGCCGAAUUCAAAUCCCAAAGUUAAUCUGUUAUUGCAGAAAAAAGAUGGUGAUUUUUCUCAUUCUUUUGCUACUCCGCAAGAAUUAGCCUCAGGGGCCCGUCGUAAAAUCCCUUCCUCCAUGGACAAAUCUGGGGAAGCCAAAUUACCACCAGAUACCCAACCUGAAAAGCAAGAGGUUUCUCAACCAGACAGUAUGCUUUCAACAAGUACCGUGACAAUCAUGCCAUCUCCAGACUGCACACGACAGUCACCUCUUCUUCCUCAUCCCAAUGAUGAGAUAAGUUCUCCUGUGGAGAAGCGAUCGCCAACGCUAGGCAGAAAGAAGACAUCUGCUGUGACAUUGAGCCAACCACUCAAUAAGGACAUUAAAAGUGAGACAAGUGAGGACAGAUUGGACCCAUGCAAAGCUCCUCAAGUUAUCCGUAAGAUCCGCAGUGAAAGAUUUGCUGAUACCUCGGGACACUUAAAACUAUGGUGCCAGUUCUUCAACAUUCUCACCGACUCGACUAUUGCUUGGUAUAGAAAUGAUGUGGAGAUUGCCCGGAUUACAAGAAGCGCCACAGAUGAAAGCCAGGUCAAUCUGGCUGUCAUUCAAGCAUCAAGUAAAGACUCUGGUGUUUACAAGUGCGCUAUCACAAAUGACUAUGGGAGCGACUCGACUGAAUUUCUGCUCGGUUCAGACAUUUUGGGUAGGAUUUCUCAGCGCGAGGAUCAUGGUGUUGGAGAAGAGAUAGAAAUGGCACCCCUGGUGUUCAACAAAGGUGUGGCUGACAGUGGCGUAUGGGGCAACAAGUUGUUUGGUCGGGUAAUGGUGGACAAAUCCUGUAUCGACGAAGGCAGUACCCACAAGGUCUGGAGGGCAAAAGUCAUUUAUGGCCUGGAGCCUGUCUUUGAGUCUGGUCACACAUGUAUCAUCAAAGUAAACCGCGAAAUCGCUUAUGGGGGCAAGGAGGAACACGGCCUCACUGAAAGAAACUUGGACUUGGUCAAGCAGCACUGUAAAAUUCAGAAUCUGGCCCGGGAGUACUGCAAAAUUUUCUCUGCAGAGGCGAGAGUUAUUGAGAACUUUGGACCUCCUCUUGAGGUCAUCCCAGUCCACUUAAUGUACCGGCCAGCAAACACUAUUCCCUAUGCUACGGUGGAGGCUGAUUUGGCAGGAGUCUACCAGAAAUAUGUUGCAAUGGACCAUAUGGGAAAAAUUGAGACGAAAGCCACCUCUGACAUAGGGCUCAAGUGUUGCGCCUUGCAGCACUGGAUCUUUCAAUGGACCAGCGGAAAUCUACUCAUCACCCGACUUGAAGGGGUUGAUACAAAGGUCACCAACAUUGGAAUUACAGUUAGAUCUACUGGACAUCAAGGCUUCCAAAUUGAAGGCAGGCCUGAAGUUUUUGAGGGCUUUGUCUCGCAGCACCAUUGUAACUACUUCUGCGGUCUCCUGGGUCUGAGGUCGCUCAAGAUUUUGGACUCUUUAACAACGCCGGCCAAGUCCAAAGGCUCCAGGAGCCCAUUACUCCAGCGCAAAAAUCAGGCUUCUGGCUCAUGCAGCCCACAGACUGGCAGGAGAGCAGCCGGUAGCCCUAGGACGCCACGAAAGUCCCAGCAGGAUGUCACAAAUACUCUGAAAGUUGCUGUUGAAGUAUCACCCUGAGGCAAAACAGACCAUAAAUUUACCAGUCGCCAUUCCUUGUAUUUUUGUGGAUUUAAGUGUUCAUUUGUUCAACACACAAAUCCAAUAUUCUGGAGUAUUAUGCUUAUCCGAAAUAAUUAAUCAUCAUAUUGGUAAUAAACUUCUCAUUGCAACAUAAAACCUCAUCUUACCAAGACGUGAUUACACUGUAUGCUUACAACAUUUUGCGAACAGUUUGAGGGAGGCCCUUUUCUGUUUCCAGUGCGCAUAGCGAGGUAGGAUGAGUUCAGUGUGGAAGAACUUGAUCUCCAAUCCGCACAAUACAUUUGGCUUUUGGGAUUAAUUAGAGCAGAGAUUUAAAGUAUAUUGUAGAAUGCCUAUGGAAUUUAAUCAUGAAAUUGUAAGUCUCUUCGCACUGGAACAGAGAUUUUGACGGGGAAAAGGUGUUUUCAGUUUCAUUGUAUAGCUUUGGGGAUGUUACUUUCUCAGCGGAUUUCUGACCGACUUGUACAGGGCUCUGUCCCGACUUCGAAAGGUGUCUGUAACCUGAUUAAGUUUGACAGUUAACCAUGGCUUCCUGAUAUUGAAAGUGUGGAAAACACAUGCUUCACAUAAACUGCCACAGAUAAAUAAAAGAGGUGGUUUUACCCAUAAGCACUCUCCAGACAUCAUCCAGACACACCCACCAUGUGUAACCUGGUAAACUUUGUGACACAAAGAUAGGUGGCCUAAUGAGUUCUGAGGCUCUUUAAAUCAUGCACAUGAAUGCCAAUGAAUACUGUAUUUUCAUUCAUCCAGGUUGUCAUUCUCAACAAAUCACAACUAGCCUGUUGUCGUUGUGUCAUUCAAGCAAGUCUUGAUCAGUUCAUGCAGCAAGGAGUAGUUAACUCAAACGGCUAGGGAAAUGCUGUCCUAACAUAGCCUUGUUGGAUGAACUGAUAAUAAUGUGUAACGCUUCACCUUGCAGAAAAGCAUGCAGUGUUUUAUGACGUGCGCAUACUGGAGAAUGUGGCCGAUGUUUAUUGAGUGUCAUGCUCCAAACCAGGUCUCAUAGCUGAUGUAAUACUAACAUUGAUCUGUGAGAGGCAGAUGCAGUAUCUAAACUGCCAGAAAUUACAAAGAAGAAUUUGUAGUGGUAGUGUUAGUAGAAAUAGUGGUGGCAGUAAGUAGUAAGUGAAGAAGGUAUGCUAGCUUUUAACUAAUUUAAUAACUUUACAGCUGAGAUAAUGUCCCACUGUUCUUAUAAAACACAUUUGAAAACCACAAGCGCGUUUGCUGCUCACCAUUUUUUUGUUUGUUCUCAUGCACUUCUGCCUUUUUGAAUCAGCUCAAUCACUGAAGAGCUAUUGUUCCAUUCCACGUGACAACUGCAGAGUCCGUGGCUUGUAAGUCAUCUGUUGAUUAAAAAUAAAUGUUAUUCAUGAAUACUGAACAUGUUUAGCGCUGCUACCAUAACCAUAGUGUCAACUUUUGUACACUGAGAAUCCAACUAUGCGGAAAUUUAGACAGAACGGUAACAUGACACAGAUGUACAGUGACACAUUGUAUAUUAUAACCACAUCAUGCUAAAUGUGACUGAUUGUAAAAUAAAAGAUGAGUGAAUGAAAAAAAUAUUUUGAGAGUGCAUGUUGCGUUUUAAGUAUUGAGAUUAUCAUAUUUCAAGAUUCAUUCAUUAUCAUCUAUCUGAAAAUACCAGAAAACGUGACUCAUCCUGUUAUACAGUUACUGAUACUUCUUGCCCUAAUUUUUGCACAUUUUUCUGAACUUCAAAAUGAUCUUUCUGAAAACCAUUUUAGAAGACUUCAUGCCAAAGGUGGUGUAAACGUUAACCCUUGACUGCACUGUAAAAAAAUCCUGUAAAUGGAAAAAACCUGGCAGCUGUGGUUGCCAGAGAAAUUCCGUAAAAAAUACAGUUC